AUGGCCUCUCCCGCCGCUGCCAUUGCAACCGAACCCCCGCUCUCGUCUGGCCCAACUCCAACCCCUCCCCCGGCUCUCCCUUUGGACGACGUCGCGAGACUGGCCAAGCGCCGUCGCGAAUCAGAUUCCGAGUCGUCGCGUGCCUUUGCAUCCCAUCAGCUCGGCUCCCAAUCGCCCCCGUCGAAAUCUGCCAGGCUGCUGCCGGCAACUGACCAAUCACUGCCUCCCCCGUCCGCCGCCGCAACUCUGGAAGACGAUCAACGCCGUAAAGAAGCGGACGAGGAGGCUGAGCACGACCAGACGACUGGUCUACGCGCAAACAGCGAGAACCCUAGCCAACGAGCCCUCCUCUCCCUCUUGUCUGCAGGAACCCAAGCCAUGAGCCGCCCGGCAGACGCGCCUCAGCUGGCCCCUACGGCCACUAUGGAGCCCUCCUCCAAGCUGGCCACGGCUGCCUUGUCCAUUUCACAAAACAGCGGCGACCGCAUCGAAGAACGGAGCGAAAUGACUCCACAAAGCCCAACGAGCAUUGCCGGUGCGCAAGUGACCGAGAGCCCGACAGCCAUGGAUGUUGAUGUUAAAGGGGAAUCGCUCGUCUCUCAACAGGUUGCCGUGCAAGAAGAGCGGCAGCAGCCCGGAUCCCUGUCAUAUCCUGGCUCCUUGCAAACCAGCGGCAGCAUGCCGGAAUCACCAGUCCGUGGCAUGACCUUUCCGAUGCCUUCCCAAGGCCAGGGCUCCCCGCCACCGUCCGCAAACAAGAAGCACAAGUGCCCAUACUGCAAUACCGAGUUUACUCGGCACCAUAACCUCAAAAGUCAUCUCCUGACGCACAGCCAGGAAAAGCCUUAUGUAUGUACCGACUGCCAAAUGCGCUUCCGCCGUCUCCAUGACUUGAAACGCCAUGGCAAGCUUCACACCGGAGAGAAAAAUCAUGUGUGCCCUAAGUGCGACCGCAAGUUUGCUCGAGGUGAUGCUCUUGCCCGCCACAGCAAAGGGCUGGGCGGAUGUGCUGGCAGACGAUCGAGCAUGGGUAGCUUUGCCGGCGAAGAUGAGUUGGAUGGCGGCAUUGACGGAGACGAAGCUGUCAUGACGGGCAUCGCCUACGAGAACCCCGAGGAGGAAGAACUGAGGCGACAAAGCUUGCCCAGCAUGACUGCCCAGCACAUACCAGGCGGCCAGCCGGAUCAGUACGGCGGUCAUUCGCGGACGUACCCUCCGGCCGGAGCAAGAACUGCCGCAGCUGCCGGCCUAUAUGCCCCCAGUGGCGGCCAGAACCAGGCCGUUGGUACCGGCAGCUCAAGCGUGUCAACCAGUAUCGGGGGCAGCCACACACCAAACACCAGCAUCUCUUCGGUGGCGGUUGGUGGGCCGAAUGCAGGUCUCUAUGCACAGGCUGGUGUGCCGGAAACCGGGAAGCCACUGAGCCCUGGUGGUGUCCAAGGCCACGACGGCUCUGGUGUCGUACGGCAACGAUCGCCUAGCCUGUCUCAGCAGCUACAGCAGCAGCAGAUGGGAAGGCGGCAGUCGGAGAUGCAGUCUCCUCACGGUGGACAAAACAGGCCUAAGUUGCCUGGAUUAACUCACCCUGGAUACGCUUCGACGGGCUCUCCAGGAUUCUCCCACGGCCGCCCGCCAACUGCAACCGCCUCGGGCGGCGAUAGUGGCAACAUGUUUGCGCAGAGCGACCCAAGCGUUUGGGCCUACAUCCAGACGUUGGAAGAGAGAGUCAAGUCGCUCUCCGAUAAGGUGGUUUUGCUCGAUCACGAGAUGUCUGUCCUCAAGAAGCAACUUGAAAGUCGUGAAGGGGUUCCUGCUGGAUGA